AUGAAGAAGACACUGCUCCUCGUCUUCAUCCACGGGUUCAAGGGCAGCGACCACACGUUCCACAACUUUCCCCGAGACCUCCAAAGCCAGCUUGCGAAGGCGCUUCCCAAGCUCAACGUCGUCGCGCUACAAUAUCCACAAUACGAGACAAGAGGAGAUUUAAGAGAUGCAGUUGCAAGUUUCAAAGAAUGGCUGCAGAACAAUGUGAUCGACCUCGAGGUCGCGAGAGGCACGGCGAGUCCCAAUAUCGAUCCGGGUGUACAUGUGAUCCUGUGUGGACAUUCUAUGGGUGGUAUUGUAGCUGCUGAGACUCUGUUGAGUAUUGCCCGCGAUGAGCCGGUGCCUUCCUCGAAUGCGGCGGAUGUGACGAAUUCCACGGCAGGGGCGUCUUCGAAUCGGCCUCGGAGGAGUGAGGAGGAGCAGGAGACUACGUCGACCACGCCGGAGCCUUCCAGAUUCUUCUUCCCGUACAUUCAAGCUGUGCUCGCGUUUGACACUCCUUAUCUCGGGAUCUCACCUGGCGUGUUGGCACAUGGAGCAGAAGAGCAGGGUGUGACGGCGUACAAAGCUUUCGAUACCGCAACCAAGUUCUUUGGCUGGAAUUCUCCCAACCGCGGCGCCUCGCCUGCUGCUGGAAAUGCCGAAGCAGCUGGCAGAGGCCUUCCAGCGGCGAAUAGCAGCAGCAGCGGUGGUGCAAGCAAAUGGGGAAAAUACGCUAUGUAUGGAGGCGCUGCGGCUGCGAUAGCUGGUGUGGCAGGCGCAGCAUAUCUCAACUGGAACCAGAUCAACCAAGGUCUCACAUGGGCAGGAUCCCAUCUCGAAUUCGUUGGCUGUCUAGCGAAGGGUGCGGAGCUACAGAACAGAGUAGAGAAGAUUGUGGACCUCACACAAACCCACGGCAUUGGAUUUGCGAAUUUCUACGGCGCACUGGACGAAAAGAUCACGAGCAAGACGAAGUAUGCGGGAGCGAUACUGGGGCAGGACCGCACAUUCUGCGUUGUUCCUAAGGAGGCACGGAAAGCUGACAGUCCAACGGGCACAAAACGAGACCAUCCACCUUCUGAGCAGCGCUCGCGAGGUGCCAAAAGACAACGAACUCAGGGCGGAGCGGAAAUGGAAGCCGAGAUGGAGCACGGCGAACAGGUUCAGGAAUUCAUAGAGGACACGACCAAGAGCAAAGGAAAAUGGGUCAAGUGCGUGAAUGCGAAGGUCGGCGACGAACUCUCGGCGCACACCAGCAUGUUCUCGAAGGGCAAGAAUCCGGAUUACGGAGAUAUGGUCCCGAGGGCGCGAGAUCAGAUCUUGGAAUGGAUCGAUGGGAAUUGGUACGAGGACUCUGCGGAUGAGCAGAAGCAGGCGGCGCAGAAGCAGGAAAGCGAGGAGAAUGCUACUGCCGGCAGUGAGGCAGCCCCUGUGGAUGAAGACAUGACUACAGCAACCACGUAA